AUGCUCCUAUCACCUGCACUUGGUUUCAAAACUUCAAUGUUUGAUACGAGUCUCUUUAUAAAGGUGGAUGGGAGUGAUGUCAUUCUGCUUCUCUUGUAUGUUGAUGACAUAAUUUUAAAUGGCUCUAAUUGUGAAAAGAUUCAAUCAGUCAUUGAUAGCCUUGCAGAUGUCUUUGACUUAAAAGAUAUGGAUGGUUCUUUGUUUGUGAAUCAGUCAAAGUACACUAAGGAGUUGCUAAAAAAGGCUGGAAUGAAGCACUGUAAACCAACCACAACACUUUCCAAACCUCAUUCGCAAUUAUUGACAACUGAGGGAACACCAUUAUCGGAUCCUACACAUUAUAGGAGCUUGGUUGGUGCAUUACAGUACCUGACAUUUACUGGACUGAAUAUUGCACACUCUGUCAAUGUAAUGUGUCAAUAUAUGACUAAUCCUUCUGAUUCACAUUUGCAUUUGGUGAAGAGAGUUAUGCGGUAUCUUAAGGGCACAUUAGAUUAUGGUUUGCAAUAUACUCCAUCUUCGAAUUUUCAACUUAAUGCUUACUCAGAUUCUGAUUGGGCAACUGACAUCAAUACGAGAAGAUCCAUUACUGGUUAUGUGGUCUACUUGGGUUCAAAUUCGAUAUCGUGGCAGUCAAAGAAGCAGUCCACAGUAUCUCAAAGUUCCACAAAGGCCAAGUACAAAGCCUUGGCACACUGUGCUGCAAAUGUGUUCUGGAUUCGAUCUGUUCUUCGAGAUGUUCAUCAAGUUCUUACUCAGCCUCCUACACUACACUACAUUGUCACGGAUGUGUUCACUAAAGGUAUCCACAGUCCAGUGUUUAUUCAACACUGCAAUAAUCUUCAUCUUGGAGUAUCUGAUGACGAACAGGAACAUUCUCCAAAUACAUCAGUUUCUAUUACAGAAUCCAACAACUCAACAACCUCAACCAGUCAUUGUUAG